AUGAGCGACGUGCUCCGCGAGGGCAUUCGGCUCCACAUGGACAUGGGCGCCUUGGAGAAGGCCAAAGCCAUCUACGCCCGCGUCGUCGCCGAGGACCCGAUGGCCGCCGACGCGUGGCAGCUGCUGGGCGCCGUGGCCGUGCAAGAAGGCGACUUUCACUCGGGCGAGAUCCACUUUGCACACGCACUGACGCUCGAGACGGACCCAAAGAAGACGGCGAUGCUGCACUGCAACCUCGCAGAGACCCGGCGCUUGCAGGAGAAACACGACGUUGUGACCUUGGACCAUGCAAGCACGGGGUCUCGCGUCGCACCGACAGAGUUUUGUCGCGUCGUGCUCGCCAAAGUGCUAUUGGAUCGCAGCGAACCACGCCUGGCGAUACCACACUUGCAGGCCGUCGUCGCUCACCGGGAUACGCACGUAGAGGCAUGGCAUCUGCUCGGUCGCGCAUGGUUGAGCGUCUCGGUCAUGGACGAGGCGAGUACUGCGUUUCGUCGCCUGCUUGCCGCGUCGGGGCCGCUCGCCGUGGAGGGCUACGUGGGACUUGGUCAAGUCCGUCAAGCAUUGGGGGCACUCCACGAAGCGAUAACGUAUUACGAGCGGGCGCUGGAGCUCAACCCGACGCACUUUGCGGGACGCUUGCUCUUGGCGACGGUGUGGCAUCAACACGGGCGCCUCGACGACGCGAUGCAUGUCUACGCGAGCUUACUCGAGCAGUCGCCAGCGCACGUUGGAUUGCUCAACAACCUCGGCGCCGCGCUUCUGUACCGAGGCCGCGAAGACGCCGCCGCCACGUACUUUCAGCGGGCGCUCGCGAUCGAGCCGGGGCAGCUGCAAAGCCUCGGAAACCUCUACAUUUACUACGCCGAGCGCGGCGACGUGGCUGCCGCUCGCGCAAUGCUCGAGACGGCGUACGCGCAGAGCCGGAACGACAUCUUCCGACUGCAGGCAGCGCUGCUACUGCCGCCCGUGUACGCGACGCAAGACGAGCUGCUCGCGACGCGCGCGGCGCUACAUGCUCGUUUGGACGCAUUCAUGGCCCAAGACAUGACGCUUGCCAACUUUUACACGACGGAGCUGCGCCCGCCCUUUUUCUUGGUGUACCACGGCAAGAACGACCGCCGUCUUCUCGAGACGCUUGCGACGCUCUAUCGACGGGCCGUACCACAGCUCUCGUGGACGGCGCCGCAUGUCACCACCAAGCGGCCGCAAAGUUGCAUUCGCGUCGGCUUCAUGUCCAAGAGCUUUCUGACCAACCACGCGCACGGCCUCCUCCUGCGUGGCGUGCUCGCUGGCUUGGACCGCGAGGUGUUUUGCGUCUACCUACUGGUGGUCCCGUCGGUCUCGGAGGCGCCGGAUCCGUCACUGGUCGCGGCCGUGGACACCGUUGUGCAUCUGAGCCUGCACCUGCUUGACGUCCAGCGCGACGUGGCGGCGCUAGCAUUGGAUGCGCUCGUGUUUGCCGACAUUAUGAGCGACCCGGUCAACUACUUUACGGCCUUUGGUCGACUGGCGCGCGUCCAAGCUCUCUUUUGGGGCAACCCAACAACGUCUGGCAUCGCAGCGAUCGACUACUUCAUCUCGAGCGAGCUCCUCGAAGCGGCUUUGGACGUGGAAGGUACGGGCGGAGACGGCGACCACUACACGGAGCAAGUCGUGUUGUUGCCGGGGUUGGGCAUUUGGUACGACCCUCCGCUGCUGCCAGCGACGCCAGGUCGUCGGAGCGACUACAACCUUGACGAGCACUGGACCAUCUAUAUGUGUGCGCAGAGUGUCUUCAAGAUGCAACCCGAGUUCGAUGUUGUCUUGGCUGCGAUCUUGGCUCAAGACCUCAACGGCCAUGUCGUGCUCGUCCAGGGCCGCCGCGCGACGUGGACGGAGCAGCUCAUGGCUCGGUUGCGAGCAACCCUACCCCGCUCUUCGUUUGACCGCCUGCACCUUCUGCCGCGCGUUGCCGGGCACGACGCGUACAUGCGUCUCCUCUCCGUUGCGACUGUCGUACUGCAUCCAUUUCCGUUUGGCGGCUCGAAGACGUCUGCGGAGGCGCUCGCGCUCGGACGCCCGUUGGUCGUGCGCGACGCCACGCACCUGCGCGCCCGCAUGGCGCCCGCCUUCUUCCGACGCGUGGGACUCUCGCAUUUGCUGUGUGCAGACACGGACGCGUACAUUGCGAUGGCGCUGAAGCUCGGCACCAAUGCUACGUUCCACGCCGAGAUCACCGGGGUCAUCACGGCGCGGACGCAUCUGCUGUGGCGGGACCCGCAGGUCGUCACCGAGUGGGACCGGUUCCUUUUCAACGCCGUGCGGGUCUCGGCGCUCGACGACACCGAGUCGGAAGAAGGGGAAUAA